AUGGCCUACAGCUGCUGCUCUGGAAACUACUCCUCCCGCUCCUUUAGGCACUGCCUGCCCUCCUCAGGAUCCUCCUGUGGCUCUUCCUACCCCAGCAACCUGGUCUACACCACCAGCAGCUGCUCUCCCAGCACCUGCCAGCUGGGCUCCUCUCUCAACAGUGGCUGUCAGGAGACCUGCUUUGAGCCCACCAGCUGCCAGAGGUCCUGUGUGAUGUCCAGCCCCUGCCAGAUGCCCUGCUACUACCCCAGGAGCUGCACACCCUGCAGUCCCUGCCAGGGCACAUAUGCUGGGUCUCUGGGCUUUGGGUCCAGCAGCUGCUGUUCCCUGGGCUAUGGAUCUAGAAGCUGCUACUCCGGAGGCUGUGGGUCUAGUGGCCUCAGAUCUCUGAAUUGUGGAGUGUCUGGCUUCCCUUCCCUCAGAUUUGGGUCCAGAUAUUGCUACCCAAGCGUUUUCUCUUCCCGUUCCUGCCAACCUUGUUACAGACCAAUCUGUGGAUCAGGCCUCUGUGGAUUCAGCUGUUAA